AUGACAGAUCAGGACAGCACCUACAGACCCCGUUCACCCGAUCUUUCCACCUUCCAGCCCUCUAUUCCUCCCGCCGUUAACUCUCCCAUCUAUCCUCUCGCGAGUCCUCUGGCACACCGCGCUUCCUACGACUCCUCACCUUUCUUUACCCCGCAAUAUCAGCAACCACCGGCCCCGCUUGGUCGGGUCCCUCAGCAGUACAUACCACCAUUCAUAGACCCAAACUCUCCUCUUUCACCGGACAUGGCUCGUCGAUCCUCCCGUCUGGCACGCGCAACCGAGGUCGCGCCCAUGCCAGAGGUCGCAUACGCGCAGCCAAUGCUCUCGGAAGAGCCGCAGCAGCUCCCUCCGCCGCAACCUAACCAGGUGGCCACCAUUGAGGUGAAGACAAAGUUUCCCGUCGCGCGUAUCAAGCGUAUCAUGCAAGCAGACGAGGAUGUCGGAAAGGUGGCACAAGUAACUCCCAUUGCUGUCUCGAAAGCCUUGGAACUCUUCAUGAUUUCUCUGGUCACCAAGGCAGCCAAAGAAGCUAGAGAUCGCAACUCGAAACGCGUGACCGCGUCGCAUCUGAAACAAGCGGUCGUCAAGGAUGAAGUUCUGGAUUUCCUGGCCGACAUAAUCGCCAAGGUUCCCGACCAACCUACCGGUGGAAGGAAGCAUGAUGACGAUGGCAGCGACCAGAACGAGCAACCAAAACGAAAGCGAGGCGGGCGGCGGCCCAAGGAAGAUAGUGACUAA